AGAAAUACUUUUAAUAAAAAUAAUAUUGUACAUAUUAUUAUAUGUUAAUUCCUUUUUGAAUAUUAAGUAUAGCUUCUAUGAACAAAUUGAUAAGUAUCUAAAAUAUGAAAAAGACUGUUGCCAUGACCAGAAUUGUAAAAUAAAUAAUGAAAAAUGUGAAUCAAUUGAUUUAAAGGACUAUGAUAAUGAAGAAGAACUUCAUAAUAUUUGUUCAAGAUUUUAUUGUUUAAUUGAAAAAAUUAUAAAACCAACCUCUACAUCAAAUAACACUACUGAAUACGUCGAAUUUGAAUACUUAAACUAUUGGUUAAAUCAUGAAUUACGUAAUAUAAAUGCCAACAUUGAUAAUCCAAAACACCUUCUUAAUCUUAUGAGGUCCCAGAAUUCUCAAAAUGAAUCCUUGAGGAAAUUAAAGGAAAAAUGGGAUAAAAUACAUAAAGAUAAGAUGGAAUAUAUGUAUGAAUUAUUCGACUUAUACAGAAAUUGUAUUUUCUUUAUAAAUACAACGACUACUCAUGCUGUAAACGAUUAUCCCUUUAAGCAUGGCACCAAUCAAUGUGUUGAUAAAUAUAAAAAACUUGAAAAUAAAUGUUUUAAUGAAAAAAGGACAUAUCAUUGUAAAUCAUUUUGUUCUUUCAAAAAAAAGUAUGAAGGUAUUAUUUUAAAAAUUCCAAAUGAAAAGGUUUCUUCAUUGGAAAAUAUUGAACAAAUUCAAAAAAAAGUAGUUAAUUUCGAUAUACCUACAAAUAUAAUUAUAGGAAUAUCAAUAGCUAAACUUGGAUUUACAUCACUUGGAUCCCGAUUUCCUUCUCAAAAUAAAAUUAAAAAAAAUAUUAGGAAUAAUUAUAAUAGACAUUCAAACAAUUUUUUAGAUGCAUCUGAAUAUGAACUCAUGCCUGAAGAAACCAUCGCAUAUAAUAUAUCGUAUAAUUCUGCUUA